AAAAUAUCAGGGUUAGUGUACAUGUUUGCCUCCAUAGUGUUUUUAUUCCCUCUCCAUUUCGGCUGUAAACCCUAACUUUAAAAUUCCCAAAAUAUCUCUUCUUUCUUCUUCUUCCACACUUUGAUACAGUUAACCACCAAUUUCUCCUCUCUCUGUAAACACGCUGGGGCUUGGAACUCCACGAUUUUGGUUUUCUGUUGUCGCUGCUCGCCGAUAAAAUUGGCUUUGUUCUUUCCAAAUUCGUCUUGGACAGUCAAAUUGAACUGUUCUUUAGUUCUUUUACUGCAGUUUAAACAGAUAUACAUCAAAACUAAGUUUCAUCAGAACUUAUGGCUGGAUUGUUGCUUGGUGAUGCAUCUCAUCAUGGAACUUCUCAAGGUGUUUCUCAAAGAUACUCUCAAGAGAAGUCAGAGGAUGGCUCAAGAUGGUACUUUUCUAGGAAGGAAAUUGAAGAAUACUCACCAUCCAAACAAGAUGGCGUAGAUUUGAAGAAAGAAACUUACCUACGCAAAUCAUACUGUACAUUUCUGCAAGACUUAGGCAUGAGACUUAAAGUACCUCAAGUAACUAUUGCUACUGCCAUAAUAUUUUGUCACCGAUUCUUUCUAAGGCAGUCCCAUGCAAAGAAUGACAGGAGGACCAUUGCAACAGUAUGCAUGUUUCUUGCUGGGAAGGUUGAAGAAACUCCUCGUCCAUUAAAAGAUGUAAUUCUUAUUUCAUAUGAAAUUAUACACAAGAAGGAUCCAGCGGCAAUUAUGAGAAUAAAGCAGAAGGAAGUGUAUGAACAGCAUAAAGAAUUAAUCUUACUUGGAGAGAGGGUUGUCCUUGCAACUCUUGGUUUUGAUCUGAAUGUGCACCAUCCUUAUAAACCUCUUGUUGAGGCAAUAAAGAAAUUCAAAGUUGCUCAAAAUGCCCUUGCUCAAGUUGCGUGGAACUUUGUAAAUGAUGGACUUCGGACAUCACUUUGCUUGCAAUUUAAGCCGCAUCACAUCGCAGCUGGGGCCAUAUUCCUUGCUGCCAAGUUUCUGAAGGUGAAGCUCCCAUCAGAUGGGGAGAAGGUCUGGUGGCAAGAAUUUGAUGUCACUCCACGCCAAUUGGAGGAAGUGAGUAAUCAAAUGUUGGAGCUGUAUGAACAAAAUAGAAUGCCACCUUCCAAUGAUGUUGAAGGAGGUGGGACUUCUAAUCGAGCCACUGCAAAAGCUCCAGCUAAUAAUGAUGAAACUUCAGCUGCAAAGAGUAAUCCCCAGAGUGGAGCGACUAGAAUUGAAACAUCGAAGCCUGUGUCUUCUGUGGCUGCGUUUGAUUCAUCAGUCCCAAAUCAUGUUGGGCGCCCCCUCUCAAAUCAUGGUAGAAUUGGUGAUUAUGGGAGCGCAGAAAUGAAACACAGGGUGGAAGGUGAUGCCAAAGGCAAUCAACAUCCCGAGUGGGAAUCAAUACAAUUUAAGGAAAACUUACAUGAAACUCAAGACAUGGCUAAAUCUCGAUCUGAUAAUGGUGACAAAGAGCUGGAAAACAAUGCUGGAGGGACAGAAACAAAAGAACCUACUGAUUUGAAAGAUAAACAUAGUAGCAGAAACCUAGAUAACAGAGAGGGUGCAUUUAGCCGGCCUCCUCAGGAAGCCAUUAAGAAAAUUGAUAGGGAAAAGGUAAAGGCUGCAUUAGAAAAACGAAGGAAAGCAGCUGGUCAUAUUACUAAGAAAACAGAUGUCAUGGAUGAUGAUGAUCUCAUUGAGAGGGAACUGGAGGAUGGAAUUGAACUUGCUCCUCAGAGCGAGAAGAAUAGGGAUAAGAGGCAAAACUGGUCUAAGCCCUCUGACAGGUCGGAUUAUGAGAACAUGCAUGGAAGACAUCAAGAUUAUGCAGACGAGCAAAAUCAAGGAGGAAAAGGUCUAUCUUCAUAUGAACAAGAUCUAAGUGCUGUUGAAGAAGGGGAGGUAUCUGCGCUUGAUGACAUUGGCCUUCCAUCACCCAAGUCAAGCAAUCGCAAGAGAAAACCAGUAAGCUCCCCCGAAAGAGGGAUGGAGGGGAAGCAACGGCAUAACUAUGGCCCUGGACCUCACCACAAUAGUCGAUACGAUUAUGUGGAGGAUCGAAACAAGGUCAGUCGGCUAGGCCAUACUGAAAGGGACAGCAAACGGCAUGUACAGGAAAACCAUGUUUAAUUUUUUUCUGGUAUGAUGCAGCCGCCUUUUUUAGCCUUCCAUUAAGUCAGGUCUAUUUGUUUGAAGGACUUGAACACAUUCAAUUUUGCUGGAGGGACCAAUUUCAUUUACUCAGUAUAUGGGCAUAUGGGAAAAUUGUAAAGUAGAAAGAGAAGGGUUAUAUAGGUUAUAUCGUUGGACACAAAUCAGAAUGUCCAUUUUCCCGCAAGAUCAUCCAUGGUUUUGAUGAUUACCCCUUUGAAAUAGUAUUAGGUGUGAUCAUAAACUCAGCCUAUUUACUAGAUGGAGGAUUCUAAGUGUCAUUUGUCAUAUCCUACCGUUAUUGCCUUCAAAGCCAUGCCUGUUAUGUUUGUAGUACACUUGGAAGUGUAUCUUUCUGAUAUUAUAUUCCCUUUGAAAUAGGGUGCAUGGAUAAUCUUCAUAAUUUUAACACUCGGAU